AUGGAGGAGGAGGACGGGAAAUAUUAUUUACUCGGCGGGCCAUUCCGGAAGACGGGACAGGCAGGAACCAGUUUGCGAUCGUGGAAGCGGUUGAUGUUUGGUGUAUUACCGUUCGCGGGAGGUUGCGACGCAUGCCUAAUGGAACUGGCAACAAACGUAUUCCAAUCAGAUCCUGCCGUCCACGUGUGGUCCCGCGUUGCAUCCGUAGAACCCACGGAAGCAGCCACGUUGUUUCGUACGCAUACUCCACAAACCCACAUUGUCUCGUACUCCGGUGGCCAUCAAUUCGACGAUCAAUUCGUCGGAGAUCCAAGAUUGUCUUCGCAUCCCUGUACAACUUUGAUCAGCUCGUCGGGGAUCAAAAGUCCACCACCAAAAUGCUGCCAGGAGAACACCAAUCCAAGCCUUAAGCUGCGGUCAAGGAAAAUCAAGGAAUUUUGAGAAGAAUCUGCGAUCCGAAAGUUUAAUUGAGUGAAAAAGCUAAUAUUAUUGUGAAAUUUUGUGCGUCUGAAUAAAAAAAAAUAAAAAAACAAAA